AUGGCCGCGCAGUCUUCCAACCCCUCCCACCUGCUCAUAUCGCGCAACCCGCGCUCUCCAGCGCACCCGCAGCUGGCAUCGACAACCACGUCACUGUACUCGCCGCAGCCAGGUCCGCACCUGUUUUCCUUUGGGUCGAGUUCAGCGUCUGCGUCCGACUCGGCCGACCCAGCACACGGGAUCGUUGCACACGUGCCCCUUCACACGCGGUCACACAGCACACCCGCGUUUUCGAUGACCGCAGAGGACGACAUGUAUGAGGAUGACGAAGACGAGGAGGAGGAGGACAUCGUUGUGCACCCAACGUUCACGCAGGACGCGGCGUUGCCCGGACGCGUCAAGGUGAUUGUCGGUCGGCACGAAUUCUGGUGUCACAAAGAAGUGCUCUGGUUUGCCAGCCCAUUCUUCAAUGCGCUGCUACAAGGGAGCUGGGCGGAAACCUCGAGCGUUGUGGUCGCUGCUCAACCAUCCUCACCGACCGAUACCGAUCCCGCACAUGGUCCCGAGCGUUCCGUCACUUCUUCCACUGACGUACCAGAACCCAACACAGCAGAAAGCACUGUUGUACCUGGGCGCGUCUCUGAGCGGUCGUCCGCUGCCUUUGCAGCUCUCAAGGGAGUUGGUUCACCACGCGCUUCCAAGCGCUCAUCCCGCCAGAGCCGCCGGAGCAUAGGGCUCGAGUCCGAGUCUGAUGCGGACCUCAACAAGACAAGUGUCUAUCUUGACGCUCUGGACGACGGUCCCUCAGUGGCCCAGAUUCUCAAGGAACUGCGCGAGCUGCCAGAACCGCCUGCGUCUGGAGCAUUUGAUACUAUUGCCGGUACAGGCAACGCACCGCCGCCGCCGCAGACUGGCACAACGACGACGACGUCGACAGCCAUGACGCCCGUGCCCGAGUCGCCAAAGGAACCAGAGACGCCAGCGGCGCCAUCGCAAGCCCCAGUGCCCGUUGCGGCCGCAUCCCAGGCCCCGACUGCAACGUCGUCCACGCCGCCCGAGCGGCCGCGUUCGGCACCGACAAUCUCGUCCCCGUCCGCCACGCACGUUGCACCGCUCAGGCUGCAGCCAAGCGUGGGCCACACCUGCCCUCCAGCUGUGACAAUGGCCACGACGUCUGACGCCCGGCACCCAUGGCGGUUGAGUAAUGGUUUUGACCCAUCGGUCCCUGCGUUCCCAGUGCGAAAGGAGGACCGCACCGACGAGCGCAUCGACGCUGUUGUCGAGCUGCACGAGGAGAGUCCCGCAGCGUUUCAGGACUUCUUAUUUUGGGCAUACCCUCACCUCGAGUGCAAGGUGACAUGGACCAAUGUGGAGUCGCUCCUUGCCCUCUCCUCCAAGCUGGACGUCCCGGCCCUCCAGUCACUCUGCGAGCGGUUUCUCGUCACUCAUGCAAGCGGCCGGCCGUUUGUAGCCCUCAUGCUUGCCGAGCAGUACUACAAUGCCGACCUGUAUCGUGAGGCGUCGCGCUUCGUGCUGGACCAGUCCACAUGGGACGAGCACGAAAUGGCCACGUUGAGUGACCAGACGCAGCUCAAGCUGUCGAUGCGACGUAACUGGUUCCUCGAGCGUCUGUUGAAGCUCGGCAGUAUCGAUUGCAAGAAGGAAUACACCUGUCGACACGACUGCCCAGACCCCUCCCGUUGCCAGGCACAGCUGGACGAGAAAUGGCGGCAGGCGCACCAGGCCGUGUCGCGCUACGGUCCCCCUCAGCCUUCGGUCGCGUUCAGGUGUCUCCGCCAGCUCGAGACGUUCCCCACAAACCCCUCGCUCGUCAUGCCGCACCCCUUGUGCCAAAGUGCCGCCAAGAGCUGGGUUACGACGUUGUUCGACCGCAUGUUCCAGCCCAAGCUGGUCUUUGGCGCCCUCAGUCCUGGUACCGAAAAGUACUGGUUGUACAUCACACUCCCACGCUAG